ACAAAGUCAUAUUUGGACAGUUUAACAACAGCUCGACACGCCUGAAAGUGAGCCGUAUACAAACAGGACUUUGGGAAACAACGGCACAUCGGCCGCUCGGGGGUCUUCCUUUCAGGGGGACGUUAAUUGGGGGAAAAGCAGGAUUUUUAGAUUCACUUUGAGUUGCAGCUUUGGUGGCGAUGUUUGUCAACUGGUGCUUAAUUCACUGCGAGAAGAGGAGUUUUCAAGAUUUUUGAUCAAAGAGGAAGUGCACGGAGAAUAAAAUGGGGGAGCACAAGGCUGUCAACUUCAUGAGACUCCUGUCAGAGGAAAGCACAGUUUCCAGCGCGUCGUCGGACUCCUGUGAGUACUACCAGACCGAGAUAUUUGAUCAGCUGCCCAGCAUCCAGGCCAGCCGGCCCGAGCAGGACAGGCAGGCUCUCUGGGGAGCCAGCGAGCCCCACCAGGGUGGCCCAGAAGCAGCGGAGAGGAUCGGCCAUGACCACCUGUCCAGAGGACCCAAAGACAAAGCCUUUACAGAGCCGCUCAGGAACCUGGUCAUGUGCAUUCAGGGGAAGAGAGGCGCCAGGGAUAGAAGGAAGAUGCAAAUCAGCAACAUUGGUUUCUGGGAGUCCUGGAGGCGGAGCCAAAGCAUAAACAGGAAGAGGGUUUGGGGGCAAAUGGGAGGAGCUCUAUCAGGCCUGUUGCCAUGGCAGCACACGCUCCACGCCAUCGAAGGCAGGUUCGGAGUUGGCGUGAAGGCUUACUUUGUGUUCCUCAGAUACCUGGUUUACUUAAACCUACUUCACUGUGCUCUUGUCGGGGGUUUCAUUCUGGGGCCUACAGCAUUUUAUGGCAGGAGCAAAAGCAGUGGGCCUUUGAGGUUUGGAGGCAACGACUCGGUUUUGGAUUUCUUCCUGGGAUCGGGUUACCUGGAUCGUUCUCCGGUCUUCUUCGGUUUUUACACCCGUGGUUCCCUGAAUUUGCAGUGCUUGAAUACGCCUCUGCUAUACCUCGCUGGAAUGUUCCUCAUCCUCAUCCUCAGUCUCAUCCUGGUGGUCCGUCGAACGACGGUUGGCUACAAGCACACCUGGAUGCUCGGGAAGCGUUACAGUACUAACGUGAGCUACAAGAUCUUCAGCGGUUGGGACUUCACCAUCCAGGACCCUUCUGCUGCCAUUCUCAAACACAGCUUCAUCAGAAACGACCUCAAGCUCUUUCUGGAGGAGGAGAGUUUCUCUCUGCGAGAGGCUCAGAGGACAGUUGGACAGGCGGUGCGUCUCUACCUGCUCCGGUUUGUCCUCAACCUGCUGGUUCUGUCCCUGCUGGCCGGAGCCUUCUAUCUCAUCUACUAUGCCGCCAAAACUUCCCAGAAGAAGAGUGCGGACUACUGGCUGGUCAGCCUGGUCCUGGAGUACCUCCCUCCCAUCACCAUCACCUUUGUCAACCUGGUCCUGCCUCACAUUUUCCGAACGAUCUCUUCUUUUGAGGACUAUUCUUUUACCAUGCAGGUCAAUGCCACGCUUGUGAGGAGCGUCUUCUUGAAGCUGGCCUCGCUUGGGAUCUACUUAUAUCUCAUCCUCACAACUACAGAGCCUCAUCAAAAUCCUUCUCGCUGCAGGGAGAACGUGUUUGGUAGAGAGAUGUACAAACUGUGCAUCUUCAACUUCCUUGCCACUUUCUGCAGCACGUUUCUCUUGAACUACCCCUGGAAGCUGCUGCAGGAGACAUACCCCUCAUGCCUGCUGGUCCGGCUUUUAGGGAAACAACGAUUCCUGAUCCCUUUCAAAGUGUUGGAUCUUGUGCACAGUCAGACAGUGUCCUGGGUGGGAGUCUACUACUGCCCUCUGCUGCCUCUGAUCGGAACCGUCACACUGAUGGCCACCUUCUACAUCCAAAAGUUCACUGUCCUGCGGUGCUGUGUGGCAGAGCAGAGGAUGUUUCGAGGUUCCAGCUCCUCUGUGUUAUUCCACUUCAUGUUGCUGCUCGGCCUCCUAAUGGCUGCAACCACGCUGGGCUUUAACAUUUACCAACAAGAAGCCACACCCGACAAGUCCUCCUGUGGUCCAUUUGGAAAUGGAGAAACUGUAUUUAAUGUGACAGGAGUGUGUAUGAACAGCCUCCCAGGCCCGGCACAGAGCGCGCUGCGGUACCUGACCUCUGAGGCCUUCGCCCUGCCGCUCAUACUCGCUGAGAUUAUAAUCCUAACCUCAUAUGUGUCACGGGGACAAGCCAAUCAGAAGGCCAUCGAGAGACUGAAAGACAUGCUGGUUAUGAGCAGCUCAGAUAAGCGUUUCCUGGUUAAACAGCAUGCCACGGGGCUCAAACGUCAGAGAAAACCCCAAAGAGUCGGUCCUACGGCCAUCGAAGAGGACUCCGCCCCCUCCUGACAACCCCCCCCAACACACAUACUUCAAUAUAGUAUUAAGCUGGGAUAUAAAGACUUUCCGUCAACCACAGAUGGGCUCGGGCCCGGGGGUGGCUGAAACUAAAAAGUCAGAAGGACUGUUCCAGUUACACAAUAUGCAAAGAUAAGAAAAGCACUUUCUGCAAAAGUCUUUUCACAACAUUCAGAGGAUGUAUUCUCACUUCUGCUGUCCGUUUGAUAAUCAAAGCUUUGAUCAUUAUGUUUAGCCAAACAGUGAUAUGCAAAAAUGCUUUCAUUUUUUAUAUACCUUUAAUUAAAAAGUAUAUAAGGUAUACGGUUAAAAGGUAUAUUACGGUCAUAGUGUUUGUAUGUUUAAAUAAAUGUCCCUCUACCUAAAUUCAAUAAAACUGUGAGUGAUUUACAAA